AUGGAAAAGUAAUAAAGAUCUAAAAACAGCUUUAUCAUAAAAACUAGAACUCCAAAAUAGUUAAUAAAUUCUCUAUCUCCAAAAUAACAAAGUCAUAGAUAACACCCAAAAUUACCAGAAAUAGUAGAGUAUAAACAGACUCUCAUUAAAUUAAAAUCUUUUAGUAAAAAAAGAUAAGAAAAUUAUAAGUACUAUUGAAUAUUAUAUGUAAUUAGCAAUAAAAGAUGCAGAAGUUCAGAGUCUUCUUAUGAGGGAACUUUAAAUAAAAGAUAUUAUUAUAUGUUUUAAAUUAUUCCCUAUCAUGGAACAUCUUAUCAAAGACAUUAAUUUUAUGUAAAAAAAUGGAGAAAAUUAAUUAUUGCUAUUCAAUCUAUCAUUUUUAUAUCAAAGGUUGCUGUUUAAGAAUUUAAAAUUAGAAGCAGUUGUCCUCCAAAAAUGAUGAUUAGUCAUUAUUCUAUACAUCAACAUCCAUAUCCUUAAAGUCCACCUAAUCGUAAAAGAAAUAAAAGUUGUAAUUUGGAUAUAAAAAAUAGAAAAAUAAGUUUUGGUGAAAAAAUUCAAACUUUAAUUAUUUAAUAAAAAGUAAAAGCUGAUUCUUGCAAAAACAGCAGUUAUCUUUAAUAAAUAAAGAAUUAAAAUACAAAAUUAAAUCGAUUAUUAAAUUAAAAAGCAAUAAGUUUAUAAUCCUUGCAUACAACAAUGGAUUUUAAACCAUUGUUAUCUGUUUAUAUGAUUGAUCAUCUUGAAAAAUAAUCAACCUUAUAAAAAUAAACUAAAAAACUCUCUUUGAAAUUAAAAAGAUCACAAUGA